CGUCAAACUACCCCAGCCGCCACCGUUAAAUCUAACUACUGAUUGUAAACCCUACCAGCUCAAUUCCUAGGAACCUAUCUAUGACAAUGCGCCCCCAUCUCUCUUCUGCAAGCUAGGUUGAUCUCCGCCAGACAGCUCUCAUCCUCCGCAUACCCCCUCCGUCGCCUCAUCCAUCCCGGUCUCAAUGACGAUAACUUGUACCCGCAUACUUGUCGCCCCGCGAACGGCGGCUGAUAUUUUUCAGAAAAAUGACCCAAAGCCGCCACCUAAGCUUUAUCCGGUCCAAGAGCCGCCGUUCAAGGGCUACAUGCCCCCUCAGCCAGAGGGCUAUGAACAGAGUCGACAGGCAACGAGCUCCAGUGCCAUCGUGAUUGACAAUGGCUCCUACCUGGUUAAGGCAGGAUGGUCCUUUGACAAAUCCCCUCGAUUCAUCAUCCCGCCGGUCAUGGCCAAGUAUCGCGAUCGCAAGUUCAACCGGACGUGCCAUUUUGUGGGAUACGAUGCCUACGUCGACGCGACCACGCGCGGCCAGGUGCGGAAUGCUUUCGACCCGGGAUCAAGUGUCAUUGGCAACUGGGAUGUCAUGGAAGGCGUGCUGGAUUAUAUAUUCCUGAAGCUGGGGGUAGACGGGGCGAAUGGCGGUGUUGAUAGGCCAAUUGUUCUAACAGAACCUAUUGCUAAUCUGGGCUACACGAGGAGAAUGAUGAAUGAGAUUCUGUUCGAAUGUUAUUCUGCCCCCGCAGUUGCCUACGGUAUUGACUCUCUCUUCUCAUACCGAUACAACCGCGGGACGGACGGGCUCGUGAUUUCCUCAUCCCACGCUUCCACGCAUGUCAUCCCCGUUCUCAAUUCUAAGGCGCUCUUGUCGAAUUCCUCACGGUUGAACUGGGGUGGCCAACAAGCGGCCGACUUCAUGAUGAAACUAUUGAAAUUGAAAUAUCCUACAUUCCCGGACCGCAUGACGGAGCACCAAAUAACGCAAUUGGUCCAUGAACAUUGUUAUGUUUCGACUGACUACGAUCGGGAGCUAUCGAGUUAUCUUGAUUGGACAGGAUUGGAGGACAGGAACCGUGUCAUCCAAUACCCUUUUACGGAACACGUUGUCGUCGAGAAGACGGAAGAAGAGCUAGCCAGAAUCGCAGAGAGGAAAAAAGAAAGCGGUAGACGACUGCAAGAACAAGCUGCGAAGAUACGAUUGGAGAAGCUGAUGAAAAAGGAACAGGAGCUGGAAUAUUACAAAGACCUACAGCAAGGACUCGCGUCUGAAACCAAGAAGGAAGUAAAGCGUAUCCUAGAGGCGGAAGAUAUGAAGGAUGAAGCGCAUUUGGAACGCACGAUACGUGAUCUCGAGAGAUCCAUUAAAAAAUCUCGCAGCAAGGACCUGGGAAAUGAGGAGACUGAAGAACAAGAGGAAGCUACCUUCCCGCUGUUAGAUGUUCCUGACGAAGAGUUGGACGAGGCCGGCUUAAAAGAGAAGCGUCACCAGCGACUCAUGAAAUCGAACAUCGAAGCAAGACAACGUGCCAAGGCAGAAAAGGAAAUGGAAAAGGCGCGUCUGGCCGAGGAAGAGCGGUUGGAUAAUGAGAAGCGGGAAAACAAUUUUGACCAGUGGAUCGAAGAGCGGAGGCAGGCUCGCGAGGCUCUCCUCCAAAAACUGAAAGAAAAAGAACGCCUGAAGGCCGAUCUAGGCAACCGCAAAUCACUCGCGAGCCAAAUGCGCAUGAAAACCCUCGCAAACCUCGCCUCCGACACUCCCACCAAGAAGCGCCGGCGUGGCACCGACGACGACACCUUUGGCGCCAAUGACGACGACUGGCGCGUCUACCGCACCGUCGCCACAGGACCAGACGCAGCAGGUGCCACCUCCGACGAUGACGGCAACGACGAAAUCGACAUCCCCACCCAACUCCGCGCGAUCGAACAGCAGCUCCUGGAGCAUGACCCACUCUUCACGGAAAACCACACUCUGGACGCGCAGUCGGACUGGACCAAGAGCCUGAUCCACAUGUUCCUGCGGGGUCCCUGGCCGUUUGACCCGGAGAGCACGCGCGAGGCGCACCAGCUCCAUCUCAACGUGGAGCGCAUCCGGGUUCCCGAAACCGUAUUUCAGCCGUCGGCGAUUGCGGGACUGGAUCAGGCGGGUCUUGUGGAGAUUGCGGCGGAUAUUGUUAACCAGCAGCGAUUUUCGUCGGGUCAGGAGCGGGCGCGGUUGCUGAGGGAUGUAUUUAUUACGGGCGGCAAUUCGCUGUUCAAGGGGUUUGACGAGAGGUUUGCGACAGAGUUCCGGUCGCUGCUGCCGGUGGAGAUGGGGCCGGUCCUGAAAGUCAGGAGAGCGGGGAAUGCGGUGUUGGAUGCGUGGAAGGGUGCGGCGGAGUGGGCUAGUGGCAGUGAGUUUCAGAGUGCGUCGGUUAGUCGGCAGGAAUGGUUGGAGAAGGGAGGGGAGUAUAUUAAGGAGCACAAUUUGGGGAAUGCUUGGAAUGCAUGGACUUAGUCGUUUAUUUUGCGUAUUGGAUGGUAUUUGGAGUAUGGGGAUGGGAUGCAAUCAAUGGAAUGGAAUGUAGCUUUAAACACAACGGUGGUAACUAUAUGAAUGAAAUGUAAUGAUACUUCUACGUUGUCAUUUCUGAGUCCGUUUCCCUCCCAAGCAGCCGUACUCUCUCAAACAGUCAAACCAGAGAACAUGGAAUGGGGGUGACGGCCACGGAAGGACAGAAGAGAAAUCAAAAGUAAUAAAAACAAGUACUUGUUUCC